UGCCAUAGGCCAAAUGGCUUUAUUUAUCAACCAAUCAGAGCAACACAUAUUCACAGCAUACAGAAAGACAUUCCUCUAUCAACACUCUUACCUACAACUUUCUUCUCAUCUCCUUCCAACACCAUUGCCUAAAUCUGUACUAAACUUUCUCUUAGUAUACCCUACCCUUGCUUGCUCCCCUACAAAGACCUAAUUUUUCUAAGAACAAUAUUUCUGAAAAUAUUGAUCAAAAAGUUGUGCCCCCUUCAAUUCAAACUCAACAUUCCUAAAGUUUCAGGGUAAGCAAUCCUUCAUAGACAGGAACUCACUUGUCAAUAUAUUAUUUCAUAUACUGGAUUAAAUCAUUGCUUUAUUGUCCCAAAUUUGGAAAACAAACUUAAAAUUAUGAAAUAGAAGAAAUUAUUGUGUAGGAGAUAAAUAUAUCUAAUGCUUUCCAAAACUUUCUGACAUUUCACUUAAUGAGUUUUACCCAGCAUGCAGGAAAAGUUAAUGAUUUUCUGUGACACUUGAUAUUCAUUGUACUCCAAAAAUACUGCAGAGCAGAGUUUCUUAGUAGAACUUUCUGGUUCUUUAUGAAGAAGGAAAAGAGGAGCAUGGGAACUGUGUAUCACUACCACACUUCAAAUUGAUCAUCAAAUUUUCUCCACCUUGGGCAAGGUGUUAGCUUAGUGAUUUUUGAUGUUUAUCCUUAGAGUCUGGGGUAACUUCUGUUAUUUCUUAGUCUUUAAAACAAGCAAGAACACAAGCACAACUCAUGUUUGAGGAGAAGGACAUGGGCUGCUUAGACACCUGUGUAAUUUCUUUUUGAUCUGGCCCAUUUCUAAAUUAGAACAGAAGUAGGAAAAUUUCUUAUAUGGGAAUGAAAAUCACUCUACAACAUAUGGACUUAGGCUGGUUUGGGUAAAGUGAAAUAUUAAAAGUUGCAUAGCUUUACAUCUCUGUUCCUAUAUCUGUAUCUAUCCCUCAGUCAAGCAGUUCCCUUUCUGGAAGUCUACUUUCAGUGACCCUUUUUUUACAGGAAGAAGGGGUAGCCUAGUAAGGAAACCCAGAAUGGGAUAAGAAAGGCUAGGAGGUGCAGGUCACCUGAGUCUAAAGAUAGCCCGGAAGAGGGCAUACAAUGAGAACUUAAGUGAAACCUAUGUUAGAGCAUGCCCUAAGCAGUUUCACUUCCCUCAACAAAGCCUAGCCCUGGCCUUGUGGCCUGAGCGCCUAGGGCUGCAUUUCCGGAAACCUCAGGCCACAGUCCCCAGGGUGGGGAGCAAGCUGCAGGGCCACAAGCCAACAGAGCUCAAGAUCUUCAAGGGAAGUUGCAGACGGGGCCCUGCUGCUGUAGUGCCCAGACCUCUGGCUCCAACCACCAGCAAUGCUUCCUGUGGCUUCUGGCACUAGGGACAAUAGUCAGGACCUGCUGAUUGCUGGCCCAGCGCCUCCAGGAAAUGCAAAAGACAUCCUACUGAUACAUGAAGAAGAUGCUGAGGAAUGGGCUCUGUACUUGCAAGAAAUAUUUAUACAUAUUGUAGAAAGAGAAGCAAUCCUUUUAUAUCCCUUGUGGAGUUUCUCUUCUUCACAUUUGGAAUUGCUAAACUUAAAUGCUUACAAAUGUAAACUUCUGAUCUUAUCUAAUAGUCUACUUAAAGACCUAACACCAAAGAAAUGUCAGUUUCUAAAGAAGAUACUUGACUCACCAGAAAGUGUAGUGACUCUGCUUUGUGGCAUGGAGAGCUCAAGUCCUCUCUUUCAAUUAUUAUGUAUCCCUGGAAGCAAAUGGGAGAUCUCAACAGAGCAGGAGCCUGAGGACUACAUCUCUGUCGUCAGACAGAUCUUAUACAGAGGUCCUGAAGACUACCUUGAGGUCAGCAUUCCACCAGACCCAAGAGCAAAAUAUAUGGAAGAGACAAGUGGACGGGAGGAAACUAAUGACCUAGAAGCUUCCAGAGUGUCUGUGCCUCUGGCCCUGGUGCUUCCUGGGGAAAUUCCAUGUGAGAAUCCUGGUGAAAUAUUCAUUCUUUUGAAAGAUGAACUGAUUGGAGAAAUUCUGGAAGUUGAAUUUAUAUCGAGCAACAAGCGCCUCAGAACAAGGCCAGCACAUUGGAGUAAGAGUGUCUGGUGCAUGAAAGCUGCAGAUUUUCCUGCUGGUUCAGUCACUGUCAACAUCCACUGUGAUGGAAUCAUCAAGGCCACAACAGAGAUUAAAUACUGUUCAGCAGCAAAAGCCAUAGAAAGUCCGUUUAGCAUGUCAGACCCAUGCAAGAAUUUAUGCCAGAAAAGCAUUGAAGAGCUUGAUUGUGUUCUUACAUCCAUAUUCAAGCAUGAGAUACCAUAUUAUGAAUUCAAACCUCUCGAAACUGAAACUUACCCUCAGAAAGAAUAUCCUCACGCCAGGGAGCUCCCGACACUCCUCCACUGUGCAGCCAAGUUUGGCCUAAAAAACCUGGCUCUACAUCUGCUACAGUGUUCAGGGGCAUCCUGGGCAGCCACAAUGAAGAAUAUGGAUGGUUCAGACAUGCUGCAUAUUGCUCAAAGGCAUGGUCAUGAAGAACUCAAGAAAAUCUUUGAAGAGUUUGUGAUCCAAAACAUUAGCAGAAAUAAUGAGCAAGAAAAUGAUUAUGAAGAGGAUGUUACCACAUUUGCAACAUGUUCACCCUCCACACAGUCCCCAGCAUUUCAUCACGAACUCAGGAGGACACACAGACGGAACACAGACACAUCUGAGGAACCUGAAAGGGCUGGGGACACAGACGAGCAAGAGCCAGGUGCUGAGUCAAGAUCCAGCCUGCCAGAGGUCGAGGGCGAAAGCUCUGAGAACCAGUAUGACGAUUUGUAUGUGUUCAUUCCCGGAAUUGAUACAGAAAGCAACUCACAGGAGCCUCUUCCAUACUGCAGACCUCCUCCGCCUCCACCCCGAUCAGGGACUGCUGCCUCCCAACUAGAAAGACCUCACUUCACCUCACAAGCAGGGAAAGUGGUGGAAGACCAAAUGGAAAGAAUUCAAAACUGGAGUGAUCUCAGUGCGAGACAAGAGACAAGAGAGGAACCCAGCAAAGAAGAAAAGAGAGAAGAUGAAUCGCAGAAAGAGGAGGAGGAAGAAAACCCAUAUGCAUUUGCUGAGACUGAUGACAACGAGUACGAUCUGAUCCUGGCCAGUAAGAGCAUAAAGAAAAGAACUGGAAAUCGUUCUUUCAUUAUCAACAGGCCUCCUGCUCCCACCCCCCGACCCACUCACAUGCCUUUCAAAGAAGAAACAACGCCUUACAUAGCCCAAGUGUUCCAACAAAAGGCAGCCAGAAGACAAUCUGAUGAUGAUAAGUUCUACAGUCUCCCUAAGAAACCAGACAAAGCUCGGAUGGAGGGUCCAACCGUCUCUAGUGCAAAGGGUUAUCUGACCACUGGGCAGGAAGAACUGUUCCUUGGGCAGGAAGAACUGAUCCUCUUGCAGGAAAAAGUCAAGAAUGGGAAAAUGUCUGUGGAUGAAGCUCUAGAGAAAUUUAAACGUUGGCAGAUGGGAAAGAGUAGUCUGGAAAUGAUUCAACAGGAAAAGCUACGCCAACUACGAGACAACAUUAUUGGGAAAAGGCCAGAAGAUGAAAAUGCCUAUGAUAAACUCACCAUUGUGCACCACCCAAGUGGUAAUAAUGCCCACAGUGAAACUACAUUGUACAAUUGUCCCUUCAACAAUAAGUUUCCUGCUCGACUCCCAGCUGAAAAGGAAUUUGGUUUCUGCUGCAAGAAAGAUCAUUAAAGAAGAUUAUCAUAAUUAAACUCAAGAAUCUGCAAACAUUUUGAUAUCUGGACAAAGCAAGACUGCUGGUGGAGGGCCUGCCCCCCAGGACUAAUCCUCAUGUAGAUGAACACAGAGUGUGCCUUUGAGUUUCAGGAUGUGUCAUCCACAGUUUAUUAGUGCUAUAUGGAGACUCAUAUCAUUCUCCAAAAAUCCAUUCAUUUUGCCACUGAAGCAUCUAAUUUUCCCAUCUUGAAUAUUAAAGAAAAAAAUCAGCAGAGUUAAAUGCAGUCUAGCAAAAUUAUGGAACUAAACUAUAUAGAUUAUUCAUCCUACUCUCUGCCCCCUUCAAAUAAAAACUUACUUUAUAUUUGCUUUUUAAAUGACAGCCCACUGUCUGCCUUUCUCACAUUUAAGAAUGUUCUUGUUACAUCGUGUUUCCAGAUAGCUUCUUUGAUUUAGUGCCUAUUUGCAUGUACCUUUGAAAUGUACUUUAUUUACAUUUUCCUUAGCUGAUGUUUUGUUUCUCAGUGCUAACCAAACACUCUGCCACUGAGCCAUAUCUCCAGCCCUCUCCAUUGUUUUCUGAAGUCAUAUUAAUUUUACCAACUAAUGGUGUGCACACUGAUAUUUCAGAACAUGCAUGCAUCACACAUUGGUCGUAUUCAUCCUGUCCCCUUCUGGAAGGUCCUUUUUUCAUGCCUCCCAGUCCCCAAGUCCUUACUAAACGUCUUUCUAUCAAAUUAAAAUAUAUCUUUACA